ACGAAACUAAAGGUUAAUUUCCUGACUUCUCAUACAAAAAUUGUGUCCGACACGAUUUGAGAACUUGAGCUGUGUUGGAGACGAAAAGUUGUAUGUAUUGAAACAUUCUUGACUGUGAUUUGGAAUACAAAUUUUUAUGCCCUGAUUUUAAAAUGUAAGAUGAAAUGGUGUAAACGGAUAAUGACAUUUCCAAACAGGAGAAAAAGUGUUAUUGUUAUUGGUGUGAUUUUUGUGUCGAUGGGACUUAUUUGUUUACAUCUUUUAGGAGAAGUUUACAAACUUGAAAAUGCAAGAGAACGAUUAGAGAGAGCUGUAGCAGAUAUACAAGGUACUGAUGUAGCAGUUGGUCAUCCACGACAUUUAUCACAAGCCAGUGAUCAGAUUCUUGGCCAAUUUGAUUAUAAAGUUGAACUAACGGGCAAAACAGAUGAAGAUUUAGUGAUAAUCUACAAUAGAGUACCAAAAACAGGCAGCACAUCUUUUGCUGGCAUUGCCUAUGAUUUGUGUUUUAGAAAUAAAUUCCAUGUUCUUCAUGUAAAUACUACAAAGAACAUCCAUGUUCUGCCUUUAUCUGAUCAGGUACGAUUUGUACAGAAUGUGACCAGAUGGAAUAGUAUGAAACCAGCCAUGUAUCAUGGUCAUUUAGCCUUCCUAGAUUUCUCAAAGUUUGGUGUUGCGAAAAAGCCAUUAUACAUCAACAUUAUAAGGAAGCCACUGGAUCGAUUGGUUUCAUAUUAUUACUUUGUAAGAUAUGGGGAUGAUUUCAGACCAAGUCUACGGAGAAGAAAAGCAGGAAAUACAGAGACCUUUGAUGAAUGUGUAGCAAAGGGAGGUAAUGACUGUGAUCCUGUACAUUUAUGGUUACAAAUACCAUUCUUCUGUGGUCAGGAUGCUGAAUGUUGGAAUCCUGGUAGUAGCUGGGCUCUAGAGAGAGCAAAAUACAAUAUACUCCAAAAUUAUCUAGUCGUAGGUGUUACAGAACAGUUAGGGGAUUUUAUUGCUGUCAUUGAAGCCACAUUACCUCGUUUCUUUAGGGGAGCUGUAGCAUUAUUUAACGAAGGACGAAAGUCUCAUCUAAGAAAAACUUCUCAUAAAAUUCCACCAAAGCCAGAGACUGUUAAAAGACUACAAAGUACACAAGUGUGGAAAAUGGAACAAGCUUUUUAUGAGUUUGUACAGGAGCAUUUUGAAUUUACAAAGAACCAAAUAUUUGAAAUAGUUGAUGGUGCUUAUGUUGAGAAAGGAAAUCUUUUUCAUUAUGAGAAAAUACGGCCAAGAUGAGAAUGUAUAUAAUUUGAAUAUAUGAUUGUUUACAAGAAUAUAUCUUACAAUUGAAAACAUGUUAACUUUUUUAAAAUACAUGUAAUAGUAAAUCAAGAAUAUUCCUAUAUUUUUAUCUCUUUUUACAAACAUAUUCAGUUGUUCAAAUUUACUUUAUAUUUUAUAUUUUUUAAUCAUUUAACCUGGAAACAGAUUUUUUGUUUAGAAGAAACAAUUGACAAGAAAAAUAUUAAAAUUAGUCUGCCCUCUGCAAUUACUUUUAAAAACAAGUGGAGAUAACUCUUGCAUUAAAAAGUGUUGCAAAUUAUAAGAUUAAUUUGACUUUUAAAAGAAAUAAAUGCCCAUAAAGUCCAUUUAUUUUGAAAAAUAAGAUUGUUGGGCUAUAUAUUAAAAUAAUGAAAAACAUGUUUGUUAAAUUUUAUCAGUGCAAUUUAUUUAUUGGCAAGUACCUGACUGUAUUAACAUGAAGUUAUUAGUUCUAGGCUUCCAUGCUGGCUAUGAGAGCUAAAUUUUCAUAAUAAUUAAAUUACCUAACAGUGUUUCAGGUUUGACUUACAUACUUCCUGCAAAGAAAGGGAGAUUAACUUAAUUAGUUUAUCAGUUUUAAUUACUAGACAUAUUCUUGCUGAUAAAUAAUCUCAGGUUUUUACGUUCAGUUCACUUAUCUCGAUCAUAGGCCAAAAAUUAAAAAAAAAAAUGUUUAGGGUUAUGUUAUA